UGACCUUGGCUGCGCAGUGUUUCAGAUAUAAGGUGCGUCGCUGCAUCGCUACAAGUCAGACACAGACACACAGGCACCAUGAGAUCCUUCGCUGUCAUCGUCGUCGUUCUCGUCGCUGUCACUCUCAGCCAGGCUGAUCUUGACAGGCAAAAAUCUAUUGAGACCUUGAAAAAAUGCAAAGCAGAAACAGGAGCUUCAGAAGAUCCAGAACAUACAUUUGAUACACAAACAGUUCCUGAGUCAAAGGAAGGCAAGUGUAUGUUGGCUUGCGUACUCCGUGAGAAGAAGCUGUUGAAGGACGGCAAAGUGAGUGGCCCGGCUGUCAGCAAUUACUUCGAGAAAACUUACUCCGAUAAUCCGGAGAAGCUGGAGUUGGCUGCCCGUGCUGUCGGAAUAUGCAGUACCAAGGAGGUCAAGGGAUUGGACGAGUGUGAAAUGGCUUACGCUUACUUCAAGUGCGGCAAAGAGAACGGUCUCAAGCUGUGAUAGCCAUCAACCACCCUGCUGGCCAGUACAACCAAAGUUCUGUAAUUCAUCAACCUCUACUUAAAAACGUUCAAAUAAAUCAAUUUACAAAUUA